AUUAAAACUUAAAAACAACAAAUAUGUCUCUCUUCUCUUCCUUCAGUGCCCCUACCUCCGGUGUCCUUACCGUCACAGUCAUCGAGGCCCGCGACUUGCACAGCGAGGAUACCUUUGGCACCAACGACCCCUUCAUUGAGCUCUGGUUGGAUGAGGAGUACAAGCAGCGUACCUCCGAGGUCCAGUCCAGCAAUGAGCCCACCUGGAACGAGACCUUCACCUUCAACAUCGAGGAAGGUUCUUCCCUCCACAAGAUCUACUUCAAGGUCCUCGACAAGGAUCUCGUCGGUGACGACACUGUUGGCAAGGCUAAGCUCGAUGUCAGCGAGGCCAUCUCUUCCGGCACCCCCAUCGACACCUGGGUCAGCCUUCCCGCCCACCUCGGUCUUUCCAGCCACGGUGAGGUCCACUUCUUCGUCCAGUUCGAGGCUCUCUAAAUAUCUAGGUCUUGUAAUAUAAUAUGUAUAAUUCUCUAUAUCCUUAAAACUUGUACAAAAAAUAAUCGCUUAUCCCUUGCGCCUCUAAAAAAAAAAAAAAAAAUGAUACCAUAAUGUACCUAUUUUUUUUAUUUUUUUUUGUUAAAUAAAAUAAAAACCCCUCCAAAUACCACUUUUUCAAAAUUGUGAUUUUUUUUUCUCUUGAAAUAAAAUAUAAGUUCUAUUGUUGAACUGUAAAAAAAAAA